GCGGUAGAAAAGGAAACCCCAUCUUUUAUAGAGAAAGAACGAAAUUAUUUUUUUUAAAAAAAUCCGGAUAGAGAGACAAAACAAAACAUAAAACCUCAGGGAGAGAUGUCGGAGACAAAAAGCACAGAGCAAGAGCAGGAGAUCGCGAUUCUUCUCUCUCUCUCUUACCUUCUUAACCCCAAGAACCACUCGUUCCUGGAAAUAAAUUUAUCCCCUCCGUUCCAACUCCUCCUCCCCCGCCUCCUCUUCUUCAUAAUCUCUCACUCCGACUUGGCGAAAGAAACGAUUCCCCUCUAGGGUUAGGGUUUCCGGACGAUUCCUUCUCCCAUUUUUCGAUCUUGCUCCGCGUCGAGUUCUUCUUGCCGAUCAAUUGCCGUCGUUUGCGGAGGAUUUUGGGGGGUUUCUUGGUCGGAUUUGUGCUCCGAUGAUGGAAUCAUCCGGCGGGAGCUCCGAUCCCUACAGGAGCCAGAGCGGCGGUGGCAGCGGAGGUUCUUCGAGGCGGUAUGGGGUUCACUUCUCGGCCUCCAACUUCAUCCAGGCGCCGCUGUCCGCGCUUUUGGAGUAUUCUGGGAUUUUGCGGCCGAGACCGAGUCACCAGGAGAACGAGAGCUUGAUCAGUGGAGCGGCCGGCAGUGCCUUGCGAGACCAUGUCUCCGGGCGGCUUGAUGAUUCUGCCGUCGCCGGCACUGGCGGCGAUGGUGAGGUGUCGAUAAGGAUCAUCGGCGUCGGGGAUCAGGAGACUUUGAGGAUGGGUUCCGGCCAGCCGCAAGCGCUGGCUGUUGGUCCCGGUAGAGAGGGGAAUUCCGGUGGUAAUGGUGUUGGUUCUGAGACGAUUCCGACUGUGUCUGAGAGGCAGGGAGGAGAUGGAGGGACUGAUGGUGGGGUUGGAGAGGUGACUUCUUCAUCGUCCUCUUCUCUUCCAUCAUCAAUCUCUGCGGUUGGUCCUCAGAGUACGGAAGGUGAGGCGAACGUUACAGGAGGUAACAACAGGGAUUCUUCAUACCAGAGGUACGACAUGCAGCAGAUUGCAAAAUGGAUCGAGCAGAUUUUGCCAUUCUCGUUGCUUCUGUUGGUGGUGUUCAUCAGACAGCAUUUGCAAGGUUUCUUUGUCACCAUUUGGAUUGCUGCUGUGAUGUUCAAGUCUAAUGAUAUAUUACGGAAACAGACUGCUCUAAAGGGAGAGAGAAAAAUCUCUGUGCUUGUUGGGAUUACAUUAGUUUUCAUGAUUCAUGUGUUUGGAGUCUAUUGGUGGUACAGGAAUGAUGACAUUCUGUACCCACUGGUCAUGCUUCCUCCAAAGGAAAUACCACCUUUUUGGCAUGCAAUUUUCAUCAUUAUGCUGAACGAUACUAUGGUGCGCCAGGCAGCUAUGGUUGUUAAGUGUGUGCUGCUGAUCUACUACAAAAACAGUAGGGGCCGUAACUAUCGUAAGCAGGGUCAGAUGCUAACACUUGUGGAGUAUCUUUUACUUUUGUACCGUGCUUUGUUGCCAACUCCUGUUUGGUACCGAUUCUUCCUAAACAAAGAAUAUGGUAGCCUCUUUUCAUCUCUUACCACAGGGCUCUAUCUUACGUUCAAGCUGACUUCAGUUGUUGAGAAGGUUCAGUCAUUCUUUGUGGCACUGAAGGCAUUGUCGCGCAAAGAAGUGCAUUAUGGGUCUUAUGCAACAACAGAACAGGUUGUUGCAGCUGGUGAUCUGUGUGCUAUCUGCCAGGAGAAGAUGCACGCUCCCAUUUUGCUUCGCUGUAAACACAUAUUCUGUGAAGAUUGUGUUUCUGAAUGGGAGGUGUUUCUGUUGAAUAUUCUUCUCCAUCACCGACGGUCAUCUGAUCUCCUUGGUUGUAUCUCCUUUUAUUUAUUUAUUCCAUUUUUGUUCUUUUCCUCUGUUCCUUCACUGGUGACUGUCUUUCAAUUUCUCAUGAGCUCGACAGUUUCAACAUCCCAGGGAAUGCAUCCACCAACAAGGCUUGGCUCACUGGAAUCACCAGAUUCAUGGCCAUUGUCAGUUCCUUUUGGUCAACCAGAGCAAGACUUUAAUGAUGAUGAAACUGAACUAUUGUCAGUCUCCUGGAAUCAGGAUUAUGGAUGCUUUGCUGCUGGAACGAGUAAUGGUUUUCGGAUCUUUAACUGUGAUCCAUUCAAAGAAACCUUUAGGAGAGACUUGAAAGGUGGUGGCUUUGGAAUAGUUGAAAUGCUUUUUCGAUGCAAUAUCCUAGCUCUUGUUGGUGGUGGUGCCAAUCCACAGUACCCGCCAAAUAAAGUGAUGAUAUGGGAUGAUCAUCAAAGUCGGUGCAUUGGCGAAUUUGCAUUCAGAUCUGAUGUCCGUGCAGUGAAAUUAAGACGAGAUCACAUUGUGGUAGUUCUUGAACACAAGAUAUAUGUGUACAACUUCCUAGAUCUGAAGCUUCUUCAUCAGAUAGAGACUCUGGGUAAUCCCAAGGGACUAUGCUGCCUUUCCCAUCAUUCUAACACAUCUGUGUUGGCUUGCCCUGGCCUGCAUCGGGGACAGGUCCGGGUCGAACACUUUGGUUUGAAGGUGACAAAGUUCAUUAGUGCACAUGAUUCUCACAUUGCUUGUAUCACUCUGACGAUGGAUGGGCUUCUUCUGGCAACUGCAAGCACAAAGGGGACGUUGAUUAGAAUAUUCAACACAAUGGAUGGUACUCGCCUACAAGAGGUACGCAGAGGACUAGACAGAGCUGAUAUAUACAGCAUUGCUCUCUCUCCAAAUGUACAAUGGUUGGCAGUAUCCAGUGAUAAAGGAACUGUCCAUAUGUUUAGUCUUAGAGUCAGAGUGGCGGGAGAGGAUGCAUCUAACCAUCAUGCUGCUGCUCAGGGUCCUGGAAUGGUUCAUCAAAACUCUUCUACUUCUCUUGAUGCCCUUAUAUCUCCAAAUACUGGUACCAACACCAGCUCAUCGUUGUUCUUUAUGAAAGGAGUGCUGCCAAAGUACUUUAGUUCUGAAUGGUCAUUUGCUCAGUUCCACUUACCAGAAGUCACUCGCUAUAUUGUCGCUUUUGGAGCUCAAAACACUGUCAUAAUUCUUGGCAUGGAUGGCAGUUUCUACAGGUGCAGCUUUGACCCAGUCAGCGGUGGGGGGAUGUUGCAGAAGGAGUAUGUCCGGUUUUUGAAGGCCAACAAGCACUGACCAAGACCGGCCUCAUCCUGAGAUUGUGGAACAGUCACAUAUCCAAUUGCACUGCUUGUAAAUAGGAGAUUUGAUCUUAAUAUUUGUACAUAUACGCCCACUUCACUUGUGAAUUCUAUAUCAGAAGCUAUGGUAGGAGAUGUCUAGGUAACAAUCACAAUCCUAGUUCUCCUCAUUAUAGAAAAACUUUUGACUAUUUAAUAGUACUUUAUUUGUAUCUAAAGUGAUAAAAAUUUACUAAUUUUGUUGCAUU